CGGUAAAUGCACAGAAUUUAGAUAUGGAUGAUGUCAGUUGAAAAAAAAAAAAAAAAAAAAAUUGUAAAGAUUUCUGCCGCGCGAAAAGAAAGUAGCAACUUAAUCUGCAAAUUUACGCUUAAGGGACUUUCUGAAGAUGGUAAGAAGCAGGAUGAAACCAAAACAUUACAGGGGUCAGAAAUAUGAGAGUCUGAGGAAAAGACAAAUGAAGAUAAAGAAGCCAUUUAAUGACCCCCUGUUUCCAGAUAUAAAAUCGAGUAUUGGUAACACUGAAUCUAUUCCUGACAAUUUAGAAUGGAAAAGGCCAAGUGAAUUAUGUGAUCAGCCUUGCCUGUUCAGUGAAAAUGUGCUGCCAGAAGAUGUGCUUAAAGGACAACUAAGUAGCAGAUGGUUUGUGUCAGCUUGUGCUGUUUUAGCUGGAGUCGGAGAGUUACGUAACAAGGUUGUUCCAGAUUACUCAAAACAAGAAUGGAACCCAAACAAAACAGAUGAAUAUGCAGGAAUAUUUCACUUUCAGUUUUGGAGGUUUGGUGAAUGGGUAGAUGUUGUUGUAGAUGAUCUUCUUCCAACUGUGAAUGGUACUUUAUUAUUCACUCAUUCAACAAAGGAGAAUGAAUUCUGGAUUCCACUUAUGGAAAAAGCAUAUGCAAAGCUACAUGGCUCAUACGAUGGUCUUCAUGGGGGACAUAUGGCUGAUGCCCUAGUGGAUUUCACAGGGGGUGUAUCAGAAAUUAUAGACAUGAGAGCAAAUGAGUAUGCUGACAGUCAUGAUAAACGUUUAUCACUAUUUGAUGUACUUUCUGCUGAAAUGAGAAAUCAUUCCUUGGUGUGUGCUGCAUGUACAGUUCUGAAUGAAGAAGAAUUUGGUACCAGAACAGAUAUGGGUCUCUGCAGAGGGACUGCCUAUGCUGUGACAGCUGUCAAAAAAGUUUAUUUGGGAGAAACAAGCCUGAGGAAUAUUUUCAAAGGACGUGAGAAGCUCCGAAUGGUUCGACUUCGAGAUCUGCUUAAUGAUAAGAUCAAGAGUGAGACAGAGUCCAAAGGUGAAGAUGGUGAUGCACGAAGUAAUAAAGAAUAUGCUUAUACAACAUCUCAAUUAACAAGGCUCCUGUCAUCAUCACCAGAAUGGUCAAAGGUCAGAGAAUCUGAAAGAGAUAGAAUGGGGCUAACUCUAGAUUAUGAGACUGAAUUUUGGAUGCCAUUGGAGGAUUUUGUGAGAAAUUUUAGUGAGCUGACUAUAUGUCGUCUCUAUAACACCAAUAUAUUUGCUCUGUCACAAACGUGGAAGGAGGAGUCAAUAAGAGGAGAAUGGACUACCGGAGUUAAAGGCUCCCUAUCUGACAGAGCUGGUGGAAGUUCUGAAUUUCCAGAAACAUUUCUUCGGAAUCCACAGUAUUUAUUUGAUGUACGGGAUGAAGAUGAAAUAGUUCUGCAGAUGCUUCAAUGGGAUACAGCUUCUGUGCAUCAAGUAGCAGGACUUCAGAAACUUUUGAUUGGCUUCAACAUUAUCAAGGUUGAAGAAAACCGCAAAUACCGCCUUCACAAGCAAUGGGAACACAAUCCAACUAUUGUAUCAUUUAAUUAUAUAAGGAAAAGGGAGAUUUUUUACAAAGGACAUUUGCCUAGAGGACGUUACAUCUUGAUUCCGACAACACUGAAACCAGGAGACACAGGGGGCUAUUUCGUUCGAAUUUUCUCUACCUCAAAUAUUAAAUUACGGACAAUAAAGCGGGAUGUACCAUACAAAACAUGUUACUGCUGUAAAUCAGGAUAUCCUGUGUGGGUUACAGUGGUCCAUGUUAAAGGAGCUGAAGGCCUUAAGAAAAUGGACAGAAUUGGUUCAUGUGAUGCCUACUGCAUAGUGAAAAGUGAAGGCAAGAAAGCAAAGACACACAUGGAAAAAAAUUCCUUGAAUCCCACAUGGAAUUCUACUUUUGUCUUCUAUCGCAGCUCUGUUGAUGAACCUGUAAUAAUCAAGGUUUUCAAUCAUAACUCAUGUUUACCAGAUAACUUCAUGGGACAAGUCAAGUUACCAGCCCCAGUGAAUCAGCAUCCAAGCCCUAUUACUGUUGAUUUAAUGGGAAAAGGAAAGAAUGAAGGACAACCAACAAAGGGCUCACUAAUGCUUGAAAUAUUCACCAAUGACAAUUUAAUGAUGGUUUAAUUGUGCCUUUCCAUUGCUUAAAAGUGAUGCUAAUCCCUCUGAUGACCAAAGAUAACUGUGUGUGUGUGUGUGUGUGUGUGUGUGUGUGUGUGUGUGUGUGUGUCUGAGAGAGAGAGAGUGUUGAGUUUAUCUCCUAUGCAAAACAUUUCCCUUAGAAAUGCUUUUUAAGUGUGUAAUGACUACAAAGCUAAAUUCAUUGUUAUCAGUUAGCUGUAAUUGUAUCAUCAUAAGACAACUGUCUGUAUUUCAUAUGCACAAUCACAAAAUGCUGUGCCUCUCAAUAAAUAUUUUUGAAAACUUUUCAACCACAAUCAUCUCCAGUAUGACGAUAUGUCAUACUUAGCUGAAGGGUUAAUAUAGUGGUAAGUCUGGUGGUAAAUGCCCUUUUCACAACAGUAAAAAAACAUGCAAUUAAUUGUUCGGAAUAUUCAUGUUUACCAAUAUUUAGAUAAGAAACUACUUCUGUCUGGUGUGUUUCCAGCCUAUCACAUUUUCAUCUUACCAUUCAUCUGAUUAUGGUGAAAGUGCGUUCAAAAAAUAACUGAACUUAGCUUGUUCAGCUGAUAUCAGUUCUCAAUUCUUUGUGUUAAUUACAAUUUUUAUGUACCUGUAUCUGUAAAAUUCCCUAUUCGAUAUAUUUUUGAAUGUGACUCACUGAUAUAUCUGAAAUAAUGUACAAAGAUAAUGAAAUUUAUGACUCUAUGUAGCUUAAAGGUUACUAGUAUCCAAACUGUGGCUUUUGUUACAGUUAGUUUUAGAACUUGUGCGAUAUGCUUGGGAGGAAGAUCUAAAAACUGAUGUCAGUUUGUACAACUUAUCUGAUGAAGUUGAGAAUUAUACAUACAUGUUGCAUUAAUAUAUGGAAGGAAAAUGUUAUAUAUAGAUAUAAAUAAUUCUUGCCUCAAGUGUGUUAUUGUAGUAACAGCGCUUCUUUUAGGAGACUGAAUAUGUGUGUUGUUAUUUUUCCCAGUAAUUUUAUUCCUGUUACUGAGCCUUCCUCAGUGUACAACAAGUCACAUUAAAAUGACAAUCAGCAGACAUUAGAUAUGGAAAUAGUGAUGUGAAAAUUAUAGAAAUUUUAUGUAAAAGGAAUAAGAUAAUAUAGAGGAAAAACAUUGGUUUGCAAUUGUGAUAACUGUGUGUUCUAAAAAGUUGGACUAGCCAAUGGAGAUUUUGCAUAAAGUAAUGGAAUUGAAUAGCUAAACUUACUCUGUGGAAGAGAGAGUCAGAUAUUAAAGUAAUGAAAUAAUGAGUUUCAUGUUGGGGAAAGAGUGGCCAGAGGAUAGAAAACACCAACAUAAACUGAUGCAGAGGAGGGGGGGAUAACAAAAGAGCAUUCUGAAUAAUAGGUAAGAAAAGACAAUAUAAAAAAGUGAAGUGAGAUAUUGCAUGACAGUUCACUUUUGACACAAGGAUACUGUCACAUCUCCUAUACAAAAACAUUUACAAGCAUCUUUUGAUCUUGAUGAGAUUGUCUAAAACCAUCAUGCACCACAACUGUAAGAGAAUAACAUUGCGUAAGUCCUCUCCAUAAUCUGUGUAUGAUGUCCUGCUACAUGUUUAGCCACUACUCAAUAUUACUGCAGCGUAUUUUACAGCCUCAAAUGGAUUGGACUCUGCCCAGUUCAUCCCACUUCACACAUUGUCAUGUAUACUGAAAGUGGAAAAUAAACCUUAGAAAGUUGUGAUUUUGUAUAGUACCUACAUUGGAGUAUAAUAUUCAUCCUCUGAUUUAUUGUGUGUGAAAAAUGAUUACACCCUAAAAUUCUCUCAUCUUAUCAUUCACUUAAAAAGUGGAGGCAUUGCCUCACAUUUCUAGAUUUUUUAUGGUUUUGUUUCUGUGCUCCAUUCUCUCUAGCUUCUUGCUUUUCCAUUUUUCAGAUAUUGGCCUACCUUUAUACUCUCACUCACUGUCUCUCAAAGUAGCUAAUUAUCACUACAUAUUUUAUUUAUUUAGCAUAUGAUGUGCAAAGUGCACAAUAAUAUAAAAUUAAGCAUAAAAAUUAAAUUUAUGACUGUGUAUCUGUAGUAAUUCACAGACCAAAGACUAAGUUCACAGUUAAUCUGAUCACUAGCAGAGAAACUAAAAAGAAAUGUUCUCUUGCCUUAGUGUGUUGUUAGAUCAUGUGAUUAACGGUAGGAAAUGAUAGAGUGCUACUUACUGCAAAGAAGACAUGUAAAGUUGCAGACAGGCCAAAUUAAAUUGUGUCUUUUAAUUGUGCUUGUCUGCAACAUGUCUACUUUGCAGUAAGUAGCAAUCUGUCUUUUUCCUACAUUGUUGAUAUUCUUACCUGGAGUUUCCAUUGUUAGAUCAUACCAUUGUCUGAUAUGUGCAGUCAUUUGACACUAGUCCAUUUCCUCAAUUUAGUCACUGCCAUUCAUUCCAUUUCUUUUUUUUUUUCAUAUUCUCUUAAGAUACCACACUUUGUUGAUCCUAAAGUUUUUCUUGAACAAAUGUGAAUAUACUUACAAAGGUUUCUUUGCAUUCCAAAUUGUGUUCUUUAUUAAUGUCCCUAAACUUGUUUCCAUGAUAAAUUUGCAUAUAUUGAAUUGGUGACGCAGAUUUCAGUGAACCACUCCAUUGGUAUACAGUUCAGGUUUUUCUGAUUUUUUUUUUAUUACUAUUGCACAGAUAGUUUUGCUGGAUGCUACAGAUGUGGUGACAGUAGUACAGGUUUGAGUGCUGUAGAACAGUAAGCAUGAAGUUGUGUCAAUAUUUGUUGAUAACAUCAACUUUAGAAACAUGGUGCUUUCUUCACCACAUUGAUGUACCACAUUCAGCCAGACUUGGACAAAAUUCAGAUUGAGCUGCUAGUUACUUUUGCAGUCAUCCCACAAGUGGAAGCAUACAGCCUCUUACUAAUAUUAUUUCUGUAGCUUUGCAAGUAUGUUUGGACACUACUUGUAAAAGAAGUGUGAUUCCCAAGUAAUUGGAAGUAAGAUCGUGCUUGACAUAUAAAUCAUUCCAGUCCAUUGGAUGUUCCACAGUAACUUGUUUAGUAUUCAGAUGUAAACAAGAACCAUCAGUUUUAUUAGUCAUUUGAAUUAAUCUCCAUUUUAAUAGACUGCUGUUUAUUCAGCAAGAUCUUUAUUUGACAACUGUCUCAAGUUUUCAGUGACUAGGCCAAGUCAUUUUCACAGUCACAAAUUUUGUGAUAUGUCUGGAAGCAAUAAUUUCUAGAUCAUCUGAACAAAGAUGGGAGCAAACCUAAGAAUGUUAUUAUUCAGCACUUUCCCGUUAGUAAAUGUGAUUAUAAACUGAAAACCUAUAGUGAAAAAAUUGUUCAAAAGCUUCAAGAAGUCUGAUAAAAAUUCAUAGUCAGGCUCAACAUGUGAUCUAUAAAAUUUAUUCCUGUUCAGUUGGAGUAUUUUCUAUCAGUCUUCCAGUGAAUCAGUUGAGAAUAAGAUGCUUCAAAAAUUAAUAACAGGAACUCAGAAGAGCAAGAAACAGUUUUCAGGGCAGUUCCUCAUUUUUUAAAGUUUCUCCACCCCUAUAAAUCUUGCUCUUUUAAAUACUUUGUUGCGCAUGUCACAUUCAUCUUUCAGGAUAUGAUGAAGUUUUCAUCACUGUUGCUCAUAUCAGCUAGAGGUAUACUGUUUAGUGCAACUCUGCACCAUAUUUGCCUUCCCUGUUGAUGUUAGAGUACUCAUAUAACUUUGUAAAUGUUUUAAUGUACACACUAACUUGUACCCAAAAGUCUGAUCAUCUUUAUGCUUUGCUUUGGAGGUUCUCUUCUCUGACUGACUCGUCAGUGGUCAAUAGGAAUGUGAAUUUAUAUGUUCUUUGCGGUCUCUGCUCCAAGACUUGAUACAAAUGUCAAGAAAUAGUGUGGUUGUUCAGGGAGCCCAGUAAUCAGUAGGUCAUUUCUUGUUUUCCAUUUCUUCUAUAGCCUUAUUUGUAAUAAUAAGUUGGUGUUACUCUAGUUACUUUCUUUACCCAAUCCAUCAGCACUUUUAAUAGGCAUUCUGCAAUGAUGGAGCAGGUUUCUUAUAUACCAUCAUGCAUUAGUUUUUUUAUGGAUAUCCGCUGUAUAUACAGCUGCUAUGUACUCCCUGCAGUUUACAGUUGUACCAUAGGACCAGUGCUCCUUGAAAUUUUUUCAUGGAACCUGUCAUCCAGUAUAUUACUUGCAUCUUUGCUUUCAUGACCUGACAGUGAUUCUUUAAUUUGAAGAUUUAAUCUAGUGUCAUCACAAAAAUGUUUUCCACUACAUUGUUCCAGUUUCUGCAUUUACACCUACAUCUAUAUUUGCAUGGCUUCCCCACAACAGUCAAAAUUUAUAACUCCCAAGUAGUAGUAGUAGUAGUAGGAGGAGGAGGAGGAGGAGGAGUAAUAGCAGUAGUCGUAAUUUGGAGUAAGAGGGAACUUGAUCCAUGAGUCAUUCCAUUGCAUCAGAAGCUCCAUAUAACUUUUUGCUCUACUCUUCAAGUGGAAGACAAGUCUCACCUCUUGAAGAACUGACCUGUAAUAUGUCGUUAGAUUAUUCAGAACCAUUACAGAUUCAUUUCCUUAUCACUGUCACUCAUAAGUACUGUAUCACCACCCUUUAGGCAGAUAUGUUUGUUCAUUGAGUGUACACAUCCAGGAAUGAAAAAUAUCUCUUAUUUUUAGGUGGUCUGUUUGAUUUUACCUUCAUGAUUUUUUUAAAUUUUAUAUAAAUAAAUUGUAUGUUUUGUGACAUAUUUCAUCAGAGAUGUUAGUGUGUAGCUGUGUACUAAAAUGUUGUUCCACUGUAUCAUGCGGUACAGAAGUAUCUAGAGAAGUAUCAGAGAAGUAGCUUUCAUUUGGCAUCACAGUUUGCAAUAAUGUAGAUGCUUGUCAUAGUCUACAUCUUAAAAUUUUAAUGAUAUGCCUUCCCCAACACUUUUUUUAAUAACCAGGGUUUAAUUUCUGGUUUUUACUUUACAAUUUCUUUUGCUCUUGCAACCAACUGAGAACCAGGCAAAAACCUUGCUGUUCUUGACGUUUGGUAAUGUUUCCUCAGAACAUCUGUAAGUUAAAAAUGCAUUGUCAGUGGCUAUGUUUUGAGUACUAUGUACAGCUUGCCAGUCAGGCUUCCUGUCCACUUUCUCUUGAUGUGUAUGCAGGAGAGGAGGAAACACUUUGAAUUUGGUAAAGUACUAAAACACAUCUGUUACGGUGAUUGCUGUAAGUUGCUUAAUUCAUUUUAUAAUAAAUGAAGUCAGGGAGUCUACUUAUGCAUUAAUAUAAAAGAAUGAAGAACUAUUUUGCUUUUACUUUUAUUGCUAAUAUUUUAGACUUACUGCUGUGAAAUAGUAAACUAAUGGUGUGUGAGGCAAAAAUAAGGACUGCAUCAUGAUUAAUUUGAUGACCUUGUAAAAAUACUGUAUGAGUCCACUGCAUGGAUUACAAUUCCAACCUGCAUCAGUGUUAUAACAAUCCUUACAUAUCGUUUAUUGUACAAUAUAAGCAUAUAUAAUUUUUGUCAAUUAUGCUGCCAGACAAAAAAUCAUACACACCUCUGUAUGUGUGUCAAUUUUCUUACACUAUGGUGUCUACAUUGGUUAGCCUUAUGCAGUGGAGAAGAAGCUGUACUAGCGUAAUAUUGAGUGUUCCUGCAGCAUCAAGCUUUUGUCGGUUUUUGAGCUCGCAUUUAUUUCUUAAUCUUCCAUUCUCUGUUACAUACCUCAACUGUAAUGUUGCUUGCUGGCAAAAAUUUCUAUUUUGAGAAGAAUGUUUUGUAUUUGUUAUUGUAUCUUGUCUUCUUGGACUUCCAUUAUAUACCAAAACAUUUAUAAAACCAAAGGUACAGAGGAAGUCAUAGUUUGACAUAUAUGUCAUUUAUCUUUUAGAUUUAAGUGCUAAAGGAAAUGGUCUUUUAAACUUCAAUGUGUUGCUAUUUACAAGUGCCUUUUAUCGAAACAGUGAAGGUUGUAUUUUUGUCCAUACAAAUAUCUAAGUGCCUUUCACUAAAAAAUUAAGACAUUGUUUUUAAUUUUCAUUAAAGUGAACAAUUUAUUUUGUAUGCUUUUUAUAUGCAAUAAUUUUACUGACAGUUACCAGAUAGCAUAUUCAGAGAUUUAUACUGUACAUUUUUAUG